ACAUCUGUCAGACAGAUCGGUUCGUAACUCAAAUCAAAAUUCAAGUUUUUGCGUUUCUUUUUGUUAGGUAAUUUAAGUUUUACUUUCAUUUGUUGAAUGUUAUCUUAUCACUUGUAUUAGCAAACACAUAACGUAGGUAUCAACAAAUAAAAAUUUUACUUCGGCAUAAUGGAUCUAAGCGAUUUCGAAAAUUUGGAUGAAGAAGUAAAGGAACUUUUGCAAAACUAUAAACAUAAAAAAGCAACAGCUUAUGAGCCGUGUACACUAAAAAACUUUAAAGAGUGCUUGAUUGGGCUAAGUGAGGAGUUAGGCUUAUUAAAUAUUGACUUUAUCUUCAACCCUUACCUUGACAUUGAGAACAACACAUUGCAACCUGAAUCACUAAUGAAGCUCAUCAACUCUGUGUGGGUGCUGUUGCAUCAUUACAAAAACACAGCAGCAAAAGCAGAAAGUUUAGCAGAGCAACAUCAUCUUUUGGAACAUAGUAAUAAACAGCUGAAUGGAAAUGUAAAGCAGCUCAAAGAAAAAUUAUGCUUAGAGAAGAAUGAAUCAAGGGCUUGUGUGGCGUCAGCACAAAGGAUUUCUGACCGUUCUGAUGACCUACUUCAUAGAUUAGCAGAGACACGCAUGCAGCUGACAAAGGUCACCAAGCAAAAAGAGACUGCAGAAAAAGCAUUCCGUAAUGAAAUAACAAAGCUUAAGAGAGAAAAUGAGAAAUUGAUGGAUAGAUUAAGAAUUAGACCAGAUACAAGGGCAUCAUGCACUGACGUGUGUGAUAGCACACUGAUGCAGUUAAGGGAGCGAGACAGGAAGCAUCGCGCUGUGAUCGCUCAACUACAAAGCAACAACCAGGAGCUGCUCAGAGAAGUACUAGCUCUAAAGGAGGAAAUCAUUCUCAGCGGUGUCCAGGGUUUCAAACUUGACAGCAGCAAGAAAUCAAAAUAGUGUCAUAAGCUUUCCUCAUACUUUCUUAAUAUUACACUCUGACAAGAUUUCAUCGUAAUUGUUGUAGAUUUAAUGGAAUAAUCUUUGACUCUGGCAUUUUAGAAUUGUAACAUUGAUAAAACUAUUUUUUAAGAUGGCAUGCAUAAUUUUUUUUUCUGUAUUUCUUCCUCUUUUCUUUCUACAACAGUUACGGUGGGUUUAGAGACCAUGUUUAUGUGCCAAAUUGUGUGCCUUAUAGGCUUUAAACUGUUACGCACAGGUUAAGUUAGUUUUUGCAUUGAGUAGUUGUAAGAUAAUUGUUAACUUAAAAUAUAACCAGUAAAUUAUCUCAUUAUAAAAUCUAAGUUCUUUGUGGUAUAUUUAGAAUGUAUAUCAUGGACUAAAUAUAAAAGGACCGGGUGGGUGUAUCAAGAUCAUUUGCGCAGAGCUUGUUUCAUUUUACUUGCGUCCAUUGCGCGACGACGCGUAUCGUCACACACAAUCUAUUAUGCCGGCCAGUUCCACACUGUCUUCAAAGUGUUCGCCGAACUUUGGCAAAUUCUGUAUACAUUGCUGAUCUUUGGUUGCGGUAAAUAAACGCACUCAUACAUAGUACGCAGUGUUCGCGCAUUUGCAUUGGCAUCUAUCACAUUUCUAAGUAUAGCCUCUGUAUUUGCUUCAUGAUGUACAUUGUUAUUUUGAUUAUCUCAAUUUGUGAUCUCAUUAACAUGCAUCAGUAUUAAUUACUUUACUAUAUAAGUCGUUAACUUUCUUUUGUUAAUUAAUGCUUACUCAUUUUUAAUGUGCUUUAAUUUUAAGUAAACAGCAUAAUGUAUCCAUUUGAAUGUCAAAACAGUAACCGUCUACAAUGGAUGUGUAAUUUUCUAUUUGAAUAGUUUAAUAAGCUUUCGAGACCAUGACGUGAUAUGGUAAAACCAUUAUCUAAUUUAAUUAGUAAUUAGUACAUAAUUAUAAUAAUUACCAAAUAUCGUUAAUUCAUAUUUAAAAAAAAACUAAUAAAAAUAAUUUUAUAAUUUUUGUAAUUCAAUCAGAAUUUAUCGAAAUUAUUUUUUAUCAGCCGCUACGCUAUAGAUAUUCGAUUACAUAUGUAUAGUCUACUUACCAUGUCUUAUCCGAGGUUUCAGUCAGGUGAUUCCUUGAAAGGGCACAAUUCACAGUUAAGGUUCGUUAUUGUUCAUGUGUUUUUAAUCAAUAAAACGAAAUAUUUGGUC